AUGAGGAUGCACGAUGUUAUCUCGAUCAAAAACGUCCUGCCUGGAUCUCAGGGUUGGACCUGCAAAGUAACUGUGCAAGAGAAGCAGCAGAUAACUGGCUCAACAAUGACGCCAACAAAAAAGCAAAAACUUAUUUUGCUGGAUCCAGAGGGAUCACAAGUAGAGGGAAUUAUAUUCAAUAAUGACAUCCCUAAGAUCAGCCCUCGCCUUCAGAUUUAUAAAAAGUAUCUCAUUUCAGAUGCCAUUGUAAGACUAAUUCCAGAAAAAUAUCAAACUUCUGACCUGAAGAUCCAGUGCGUUAUCACCAGCCGAACGGUCAUUGAACGAGCCAAUGAUGAUGAUGACAUUCUCCCUGUGAAGUUUAACUAUACAGAGUUCAGCAAUCUUGUGAAUUUCAUCGAUGACAAAGAAAAAUCAGUUGGUCAGCUUCAGCAUUAUGUUCUUGGUAUAGUUGUUCAGUCACUAGAUGUCGAGAAAAUUCUUAAAUUCUUGAUCAUGCUCACUGGACCAGGGGCUUCUUUCGUCACAAUGCUCGCUAAAUGCGAGCUGAGUUGCCUGGCCAAGAACCUCGCAUUUGUUAAAUGCGAGGUAUAUGACCUCGCAUUUGACAAAUGCGAGACUGUUGUCUUGUCACUGUGGGAUGAUUUUGUAACUCACGAAGGCUAUCAGAUGACGCAUACCAUCCAGAAUCAGCCUGUUGUUGUUUGUCGCAGAGUCACGCUAUCUACCUGGUUUGACUCUGCAAUUCUUAUUGAUCCUCCUAUAGAAGAAGCUGGAAACCUAAAGAAAUGGGCUAGGAAAAAUUCUCAGGUACUUAGUGUCCUUGUAACUGACGCAGCUUACAUGAAGUUCAAUCCUGAUGUGACUCUUAAACCAGAUCAGAAAAUUACUAAAAUUAUCCUUUUAAAACCAGCACAAAAGAGCUCGUGGGUCAAAGUGUCCUUCUCGUUUGAGCACAUCUUCCAGAAAUUCUGGUACAUGGGAUGCAAAAAAUGUUUCCGCUCUACAGCAGCUCCGCAUGGAGUCGUUUUUACAUGUAAUUCAUGCAGAGAAAGAUGUCGCUUCGACAUUGAUUUGACUGAUACAACAGGCACGGUCACUGCUUCCAUUUUUGGUGAAUUAGCUGAAACUUUGCUUACUUUCACCGCACUUGAAGCAAUGGACCACUUCACUCAGAACAUUGAACUUCCCUUAGAAAAAACUCAUGCUGAGCUGAAACAGAAGCUUUUUCUAGCUCAUAUAAGACCUGUUCAGUCUCAACUGGCCGAUGCAAAGCAGCGUUACACAAUUAUAUAUUAUUGUGAAACUACUGACCACUUGGAAUCUGAGUUGCUAGAUAUCCAAGAAAUGCCUGAUAAUGUUUUGACCUAUAAUGAAACUGCAAACAGUGCUUCAAUUGCUUCAGUAAACGAAGGUUCUUCUUCAAGAGUUAAAUCAUGCCUUGCUAAAAGAUUUGAAGAGUCAAAAGGUGACUACUCAUCUGCAUCGCCUCUUGAAGCUGCCAAUUCGCCUAAGAGAGCCAAAUUAUCUUAA